GGGAAAAUAAAAUACCUAUCAACGGCGCUCCCACUGUCUUCACUCGUUUUCAUCUUCAUAAUCCAUGCUCUCUGUCACGAAACGACUUCAGCGUUUACCACGAUGGUUGGGUUCCACUGGCAACCAGCUUCGGUAUGCCAGAACCGACUCCGGUCCGCUCAGGAGGCGAUCCAAGUCCUCGGCUCUAUCCUUGAAGAAGACGGACGAGAAAUCGGAGUGGUGGGUAGUGGACGGGGAGAUGCACGAGAUUGGUGAUAACGUGCCUCCACGUGAGCGAUUCGUCAUCCCUCGGGACAACAUUCCCAAUAGACGCCGUAAGCAGCUCCGCGAGCAGUUCAUGCGCCGCACUCGCCUUGUCCUCAAGGAAUCGGAGCAUGAGCCUUGGUGCAAAAGGUAUAUGGAACUCUAUAACGAGCUAAGGGAGAACUGGGAGAGGCUUUACUGGGAUGAGGGUUACUCGAAAAAGCUUGCCCACGAUCAUGCAAACUAUGAAUCUGCAGAGGAUGAUGAUGGAGAUUUCAACCCAUACAGGAACAGGCGAUUCUAUACUGAUCAAAUGAAGGACCAGCAUUUUGGGCAUCAGAGGCAAGGUGAAACCUGGGAGAAGAUCAGUCAAAUCCGAGAUAAGUUUGAGUACGACAGAGAGAAAAGAAUGAGGGACAGAGCAUUUGCACCAAUGAAUUUUGGACCUUCUUCAGACUCAAAUGAUUCAAACGCCCAGAAUAAGCUUUUUGAUGCUCAAAGAUACUUCAGGGACUAAAAAGGUAUCUGCAGGAGGAGGAGCAUUGAUGGGUUGUAUGGAUUAUGUGAGAAUCAGGGUUUUCCUUUGAGCGAUCACUUCCUAGAGACUCAAGAAAGCAGACAACAGGGGUAAACAAGACGAAGAUCGCAGUAGCUGAUAUAUUUCAAACUUAAUUGUUUCCUGUAGAAGAUUAUAUCUUUUUUGUUACUGGGCUUCACAUGAGACAUGAUGUGCAAAGUUGCACUUUCAGGCAAUUGCUAUGGAGCAAAAUUAUGCCCGGUUGUCAGAAAUGCUUGUAAGUUCAGGUGCCUUGAAAGUGUUGCAGCGAUGCUUCUGUGUGUGACAUUGUCUAUGCAAGUAAGGAUGCAUAGUUUUUGACAGAGAUGUAAGAAUUAGUUUUUUACUAUAUAACCGUAAAAUGCAUUUUUUCCUUGGUACAGUGUAAUUUAUACAGGAUUAGUGGUAAUGUAACUUUGGCAAAUGGGGAACACUAUCUCACGACCAAACUCAAAACCCGAGCAAUUGAUAUAAAUGGAACUGGAGUUUAUAA